UUAACUACCACUAACCACCACCCCUUAAUUUGGCUUAUAUAUAUCAUCAUCGUACUCUUUCUUUUCUCAUUGUCAUAACAACCAUUAUCACUAUAAUUAUCUCAUAACAAUUAUAAUUAUAAAAAUUGUCUUUGGAGUGUUUAAGGUUCUUGUAGAAAACAUAACACACAAAAAUGUUACAAGUUCCUGCGACUCACAAAAUCAACCAUGUCCUCAAUUUUCUUCAUCUUCAAUCUUCUUCUAUAACUCUCAAUCUUUGCACAUGGGGUGCUCUUUUUCUCGCUAUAAUCGCCACCUUUCACUUUCACAUUCACACCAUUCUCAUCAUCAAAUUCCGCAAAAACACUCCUAGUUCUAUCCCUUCUUUCAUAGACGAAGAUGAUUUCGACGACGAAGACGAUGACGAAACAUGUUCGUUAUCGUCUACGUCGUCGGAAUUUGAAGAAGACGAUGAAGAAGAGGAAAAACAAGAUGAAAAUAGAGCCGGUGAGUAUUUUCGACUCAGAGGUGACGGAAACGGUGACAGUGGAUUUCUACGCAGUUGUCGUCAAAGCAUUGGUGAUAUCUUUUCGCUAUCGGAAAUCGCUAAUAACAAAAACGUCGUGAAGCUUUGGGAUACGAUAGGGUUAGGGUUAGGUUUUGGAUUUGAAGAUUCUGAUUCUUACGACGAUCGAAGAAUUGUGUCGGUUUACGGUGAUGAUGAGAAACAGAGCGUGUCGCCGGCGGGAGAAAAUUCGUCGGAGAAUUUGGCAUUGGGGAUUUGGGAUACGAGGCUCCGGCGGCGGAUACCGGAGGCGAUUGCGGAGUGGACACCUGGCAACGGCGGUGUGCAGAAGAUUUAUGUUAGAGAUGACGGACGUUAUGAAUUAACAGUUGGUGAUAGGAGGAGUUUGUUAUCGCCGUUAGGAGAUUUAACGGAAUCUCAAUUAGAUUUGUGGUGGCCGAAUUCAUGCAUGAUUAAAAUUUGAGUAAUGAAAAAAAAAAAUUGUAAUUGUGAAUAUUAAAUAUUAAUACGAUAUAUUAUAGGGUGAAAUACAUUUUAGUAUUUUACCACUUAAUCUGUGAAUAUACUUUCUCCCUCCUUUAUUAU